AAAAGUUAUAAAGCAAAAAGUUUUUGUUGCCACUACCUUUACAAAGAUGGAUCCGCAUGACUACUUAAAGCUAGAUUUAAUUGCCGAUAAACGUAUAAACAAUUACAGUUUAUUUACCAAUGCGGACUUACCAUCUCUGUUAAAUCACGAAAAUAUUCACCUGCCUAAUCCAAAAGCAGUCAAUCCAUCUAAUUCUACCGACCGUAGUAGCGGUAAUACUGUUGCUGGCAUAGACUUUGAUAAGGGGAGUACUACAGUCGUGUUCCUGUAUCAAGGUGGUAUUAUAGUAGUUGCCGAAUCACGCAUCACUAAAGGAUCAUACAUUGUAUCGGACAACUUCGAGAAAGUAAUUCAUAUUACUGAGACUAUUGUAUGUACUAUUUCUGGUUGCACUGCAGAUGGUUGCUACUGGGUUCGGAGACUUAUCACAGCAUGCCAGCUGUAUGAACUUGAGAGCGAGACAAAAAUUUCUGUCUCUGCUGCUAGUCAAAUAAUGCAUAAUUUGCUACAGCCAUAUGUCAUAUUUGAUCUAAAUCUGGCAGUUUUAAUAGCUGGAUACGAUAGGACAGGUCCCAGUCUCUAUUAUGUUGACACUCAUGGUGUGUGUGAAAAAGGGAAUAUGAUGGCAGUAGGAGGUGGUUCAGCAUUUGCAUUUGCAACUCUUGAUACUAAUUUUUUUUGGGAAAUGACUGAUAACCAAGCUUAUGAGAUUGGUAAACAAUGUAUAUUCCAAGCAGUUUCUUUUGACAUAUUCUCUGGUGGCAUUAUACGUAUGUAUCAUAUGACAUCAAAAGGCUGUAAUCGUGUCUCUGAGACAGACUCUGAUGAUGUGGUAGAACAGUUUAGAAGUUUGAAUGCUUCAGACUAAGCAAUCAUAUCUCAAUUUUAAUAGAGAACUGAUAAAGAACUGAGCACUUAUUAAUUCUUAUAAGUUAAUUGAAUUACAUUUUUUAGUUGUGGAAUACGAUAUUAUUUUUAACUUGA